AUGAAGCAACUAGUAAUACAAGCCACACAUAUUCAUAAACUAGUUAAGAAAACCAAAUCUCAAUUAAGAAGCACCAUUAUAUUAACAAUUUUAGUUGCACUCUUCAUCAUAGUCCUUGGAAUGUUUGUUAAUGGUACCCUUAAAACAACAUUCUAUGCUCCAAAACAAUGCUCAUUAACACAAAGAUGCCCAUCUUCUAGCAUUAACAAAUGUGGAGAUCAAAUUGGUGAUUGGAUAGGACCAAGAGAUUUAUGGCACAAAAUGAAUGAUGAACAAGUAAUGUGGCUUGCUUCAAGGGUGCCUUAUAUUAAGGAGUAUCCUUAUAAAAGGACUCCUAAAGUGGCAUUCUUGUUCUUGACUAGAAAGAUGUUGCCAUUUGCACCGUUGUGGGAGUUGUUCUUUAAGGGACAUCAAGGUUUUUAUUCUAUUUACAUACAUACAUCAUUGGAAUAUGAAUCAUUUGAUGACCCUAUUCAAUCAUCAGUAUUCUACAAACGUAGAAUACCUAGUAAGAGUGUAGAAUGGGGAACAUCAAGCAUGAUAGAUGCAGAAAGAAGAUUACUAGCAAAUGCCCUACUUGACUUCUCAAAUGAAAGAUUCAUAUUACUAUCUGAAUCAUGCAUUCCUCUCUUCAACUUCACUACUAUCUACACCUACCUCAUCAACUCCAAACACAGCUUUGUGGGUUCAUUUGAUGAUCCAAGAAAAGUAGGAAGAGGAAGAUAUAACAACCACAUGGGUCCCACCAUUUUAUUAUCAGAUUGGAGAAAAGGAAAUCAAUGGUUUGAAGUUCAUAGAAAGCUUGGAAUUCAAAUAAUUUCAGAUGUUAUAUUUUACCCAAUUCUUAGAGAUUAUUGUAAGGGUAAGUGUUAUAUGGAUGAGCAUUAUUUGGCUACAUUAGUUACUAAAAUUGGAAAGGGUUUGAAUUCUAAUAGAAGUAUUACUUGGGUUGAUUGGUCAAAGCCUGGGUCCCACCCAACUACUUUUGUGAAGAAGGAUAUUUCACAAGUAUUUUUGAAUAGAGUUAGAGGUCAAAAUGAUUGUGUUUAUAAUGGUGUUAAGCAAUCAAUUUGUUUUCUUUUUGCUAGGAAGUUUCAUCCUAAUACACUUGAGCCCUUGCUUAGGAUUACACCUUCUUUGUUUGGGUUCAAUGGAUAA